AUGUCGCUGUCCUUGGUGCCGUACCAUCCACGCGAGGGCCGUGAGAUUGUCCUGCGCCAUCAUGAUGCCAUCGUCGUUCGCGACCCGUCGUCCCAGAGACUCGAGAUCCGAGGCCUGACGGCCUGUCCAACAUGCCACCAGCCUCUCCGUCCCUCCUCGCCAGAGCGCUCCUACGACGCGCCCUCCCAUCAAGAAUCCUUUGUCGACCCAGACUACUUUCGCAUGCUGCGGGCCGGACAUGGCCUCGAGCGCCCAGACAGAGCCCCUCCUGCCAGCCCCACGCGACGGCUCGUCCAGCCGUUCUUUCAAGACGAGCAGGGCGCGGCCGCUCCUGUGCAGCACAUCGAAGAGGAAGCCGAGUUCAUAUCUAGUACCCCGGACGUGCACGAGGGCAGCCGCAUCAGGAGAGAGGCCUUCAGCCCGCGCUAUUUCAAGACAUUCUUUGUAGAGGAACGGGAGCUCGGCCGGGGUGGCAAGGGAAUCGUGCUUCUGGUGCGCCACGAGAUCGAUGGCUGCCAUCUUGGGCACUUUGCCUGCAAGAGAGUCCCCGUAGGCGAUGAUCAUGCCUGGCUCGAGAAGGUCCUGAUCGAAGUCGAGCUUCUCGCCAAGCUUUCCCACCCGAAUCUUGUCUCCUACCGCCACGUAUGGCUCGAGGAUGUCCGACUCACACGGUUUGGCCCGCCCGUCGCUUGCGCGUUUAUCCUGCAGCAAUACUGCAACAGCGGGGAUCUCCUACACUACGUAGCAGGUGACCAGCCAAAGGAGACAACCAAGGAAGAGCUCAAGGCACAGAUGCGCCGGAGAUCCAAGGGCCAGAUCGAACGGACUCAGGAUAUCUUUCCCGGCCAACGCCAGCUGCCCCUCGAGGAGAUCUACUCGCUCUUCCGCGACAUCACCGCCGGACUCGCCUACCUGCACGCCGCGAACUACAUCCACCGCGACCUGAAGCCCAGCAAUUGCCUUCUGCAUCGGGAGGGCAAGAGCCUCAUCUGCCUGAUCAGCGACUUUGGUGAGGUCCAGCCAGAGAACGCCGUGCGCAAGUCAACCGGCUCCACGGGCACCAUAUCAUAUUGCGCCCCAGAGGUGCUGAGAAGAGACGCAAGCGGGCGUUACGGGAAUUUCACGACCAAGUCUGAUAUAUUCUCUCUGGGCAUGAUUCUCUACUUUAUGUGCUUCGGCCGGCUUCCAUACCAGAGCGCCAACGCCAUCCAGGAAGAGCUCGAAGAUAUCGACCUGCUGCGUGCCGAGAUCACUGAUUGGAAAGGGUUCCAGGACGAGAGGCGCGAGAGGCCCGAGCUGCCAGGGAAGCUCUACCAGCUGCUCAAGAAACUGCUGUCUGUCAACCCCGCAGAUCGGCCAAGCGCCAGCGAGGUCCUGACUGCUCUUAAAAACGAGUCGAGUCUCGAUGGAGUCGCGCGGGGUGCUAGAAGCGCCAGCCCGACUCGAGGUUUCCAGAGCCGCAGGGUCCAGAACCUGGACUCUCCCAUGGCCCCUAGCACGCCAGUGCCAGGUCUGUAUAUGCCUCAUCCCAACCAGAAUGGCACUCUUGCUGAGUCUCAAGGAGAUCCAACAAAACAAGCCAAGGUCUCGUCCUCGUCGCAGGAGGAUCUCUCUGGCACCAUCGUGCCCGGUUCGCCCCGGAAAUCAGCGCAGUCAGCAGCAGCACAGAGCAGCCUGCAAACACAUCCCGGGGCACAGACGGCCCGGUACAGGGCUACGGCUACGGCGCUGUCUGCGAACCAUGAUGACUAUUCCGCGCUGGAGCGGCGGCCGUCAGAGCACACCCUCUCCACGAGCCCUGAAGCGCCCUCCCCGCCGAGGAGCCCGCCUCUGCUGAUGGCCCCUCCCACGACGUUCUUUGGCGAAGUCCGCCACCGGGGCUUCGUGGCACAGCACUACCUCGCCCACUUUGCCGAGGAGCACAGCGAGACCACUUUUCUCUUCUUGCGCCUUGCCUUGUUCCUGGUCAAGAUGGCCACCCUGACCAGGCCUUGCUGGCCCUACCUCGUGAACACGGGCAUCGGGGCGUCCCUGGUGGCCGUCGCAGGAUUGGAUCUUGGCAUUCCCGGGACAAUGCAAGGGCGCGGAGCGCCCCGACGCGGGAGCCACAAUGUCAGCAUUGCUGGUCAGCAGGUCGCACCGAGAUCGCGAUGGCGCUGGGACUGGAAGGCUAGCAUGACGCUCCUGGCGCUGCACUUUGCUGUGCUAUGGGCCACAUCGCGGCGUGGGGUCCUGUGUCCCGCCUCCCACGCGGCUUGGCCAGAGUGGACCUGA